AAAGCGAUCGAUGACUUCAAUCUAACAAUUCCAUAACCAAAAACCAAAUGGAGAGGUUGAUAUGGCUCUUCCAUUUUCUCUUCCUUUUCUCCCAGUAUCAAUCUGCUUUUUCAUCCGCUCUCUCUUCAUCUCCUUCGUCGAAUCAUUCAUGUUCUCUCGAUGAGAGAUCUUCACUGCUGCAAUUUAAGCAAAUGUUUACCGUAAACACUUCUGCUUCUUUCUGGUGUGAUAGAUAUGGUUCUCCUUCAUACCCGAAGACACUGUCUUGGAACGAGACUAUUGAUUCCGAUUGUUGCUUGUGGAAUGGGGUCACGUGCGAUGUGUCCACUGGUCACGUGACCGGGCUCGACCUCAGUUGUAGCCAACUCUAUGGCACCAUCCAUCCGAAUACCACUCUUUUCCAACUCUCACACCUCCAGCAACUCAAUCUUGCCUUCAAUCACUUCAACUUCUCCCCCUUUCCACCUCUCUCCAAUCUUGAGCAACUCACCGAAUUCAACAUUGCUAGCAACAAUCUCGACGGUACAAUUCCCGAGUUCUUUUCUAAGCUUAUAAAGUUGGAGUCCCUUGACUUGGGCUACAAUAAACUACAUGGUCCCAUCCUGCAGUCAAUUGGCUAUCCUGUGUUUUUAAAGUACCUGGAUCUCUCUGGCAACGAACUCUCUGGGCCUCUUCCCGAGUCGCUUGGAAACCUCACGAGGAUUACUGUAUUACGUUUAUCGCAAAACAAUUUGAACGGUCAGGUCCCGUCUACUCUUUCAAAUCUUGAGCAACUCACCGAUUUCAGUGUUACGUACAACAAUCUCGACGGUACGAUUCCCGAGUUCUUUUCUAAGCUUAUAAAGUUGAAGUAUUUAAUGCUCAACGUUAAUAAUUUCAGCGGCCCAUUUCCACGUUGGGUGGCCAACCUAACACAACUUUUUAUUUUAGACAUUUCGGAUAAUCCACUUACGGGGCCUAUUCCUAAUUACAACAUAAGUGGAUUUCGAAACCUACACCUCCUCCGCUUAUCCAAUUGCUCCCUCAAUGGAACACUACCGUCGUGGUUAUUUACCAUUCCCUCAUUGCUAAGGUUACACCUUGGAGAUAACCAGUUGACUGGACAAAUUCCUGAAUUCCGAAGUGAUUCACAGUUGGAGUGGAUUUACUUGAGCAACAAUAAAUUGCAUGGUCCCAUUCCGCAGUCAAUCUUAGGUCUUGUGAACUUGCGUCAGCUCUACCUUUCAUCGAAUAAUCUGAGUGGUGUCGUGGAGCUACAGAAAUUCAGCUCAAACCUUCAAAUGCUUUCUCUUUCGGAAAAUAAUAUCUCAGCUUUGAGCAUUGGUAAUGGUAGUAAUGCCAAUGCUACCUUGCCCAAUCUUUUUGCGGUUUUUUUGUCCUCUUGCAAUAUAACCGAGUUCCCGGCGGAAUUCUUAAAAAGUGUAGAGAACCUCGAAGACCUAGAUCUAUCCAACAACAAAAUUCAUGGAGAGAUUCCGAAGUGGGUAGAGGGGAACGCUACCUGGCCCAAUCUUUCUUCGGUGGAUCUUUCCUUUAACUAUCUUCAAGGACCACUCCGAGUUCCGUCAUCAUCAUUAAUCCGCCGCUUCCUAAUCUCCCAUAAUAACCUAACCGGGGAAAUCCCUUCAUCAAUUUGCAAUUUGAGUUCCCUAGAGAUUCUUGUUUUGUCGACUAACAACUUAAAUGGUGUUAUUCCGGACUGUUUGGGAAAUGUCAGCAAUUAUCUCAAGGUGUUAGAUCUACGGUCGAAUGGCUUCCAUGGGGCUAUCCCGACAACAUUUGCAAAUGGAAGUGAACAUUUGAGGAGUCUCAAUUUAAAUGGAAAUCAUUUGGAAGGACUAGUGCUGCGAUCUUUGGCCAAUUGUAAAAGAAUGGAAGUUCUAGAUCUUGGGAACAACAAUCUAUAUGGUGCAUUCCCUCACUGGCUGGAGUCUCUUCCAGAGUUGCAAGUUCUUGUCUUGAAAUCAAACAGAUUUCAUGGUCCUAUAGGCAGUUUUGGAACUAAAGCUCCUUUCCCUAAGCUUCGAAUUUUCGACAUUUCUCAAAAUAACUUUACUGGGCUUCUACCGGAACGAUAUUUCCUCAAUUUCAAAGCCAUGAUGAAUGUGAAUAAAUCGAAAAUGUCGUUGGAAUACAUGGGAGAUUUCAAUUAUCGAGAUUCUGUAGAGUUGGUUCAGAAGGGGGUUGUAAUUGAACUGGAGUAUAUCCUCACCGUCUUCACAACAAUUGACUUGUCGUACAACAAUUUCAGAGGAGAGAUUCCAAGUGACAUUGGAAAGCUACAAGGACUUCGGUUGCUGAAUCUAUCUCAUAAUACUCUUUCCGGUUGUCUUCCAUCAUUGUUACGAAACAUUACAAUAUUGGAGUCAUUAGACCUCUCUUCAAACCAACUCACUGGGAAGAUUCCAAGGGAGCUAACGAGUCUGACAUUUCUUGCAGUCUUAAACUUUUCGAAGAACCAUCUAGUUGGUCCCAUACCUCACGGAAACCAGUUUGAUACGUUUCAGAAUGAUUCUUACAUUGGAAAUUCGGGAUUAUGCGGAUUACCAUUGUCAAAGAAAUGUGGAGAUAAUGAGGCACCACCACAGCCGAUAUCCCCAUAUGAUGAUGAUGACAACGACUUUGCGAGUGGAUUUACUUGGAGGAUCGUGCUGAUGGGGUAUGGAUGCGGAUUGGUAAUAGGAGUGACCAUGGGAUUUGUUAUGUUCUUGACUGGAAGACCUAGAUGGUUUACGAGAAUAGUUGGAGGCGAGAAACCACGCCGGAAGGUGGUAAGAGUAAGCCAGAUUGGUUGGAGAAGAAGUCAUCGAAAUUAGAUGCUGUUUUCUGGAACAAUAAGUGGGAUGGCUACAACCAGUACUUCAAUAAUGUCUCUCGCCGGGCACACUGUGUUAGAAAUUCAGUUAGAAGUUGGAAAGGCCUUUUCUCCUUGGGUUAUGGCCAACUCUAGUGAGUUUGUGUUUACUGUACCCUGUUCUGGCCCACAGUUGUAGUUCAACUGGGAUUGUGUCUCUGUAAUUUUUGUUGAAAAAAAAUAAAUUGUACAUGUAA